GGUCACACAGUACGCCAUUUACCAGCUAUGGGCGUACGCCGGCAUGACCCUGUUCUUCGUGCUGAUGCCAUCGGUGGUGGUCAACGUGUGCAGCCUGAGGUGGCACAUUCACGAUAAGCGUGUCUCGAAGCUCGUUUGGAUCGCCAGCGCGCUCCAGUUUGGCGUUCUGCACAGGUACUGGCUGUGCUUGCGUGCUGGGCUGAGGGCUGAACGGACGCGAGAUGUCGAGGACUUCCACGAGCUGUAUCAGCACCAGAGCGAUCUCUGCAUGCUGCGCCUGUUCGACUCUUUCCUGGAGUCGGCACCCCAGCUUGUGCUGCAGCUCUACAUCAUGGUCAAUCACGAAGACUGGAAUCCCUGGACCGGUAUCUCGGCGUUGCUCUCUCUGCUGUCCCUCGGCUGGGGCAUCGCAGCCUAUGGCAAAGCUAUGCGACUGUAUCGGUCCGAAAAACAGCAGCUCUCCUGGACUGGUCUGAUUCUACAGACAUUGUGGAGGUUCGGAACCAUGACGUCGCGCGUGACCUCCAUGGUUCUGCUCGCGUGCGUCUGCGGUGUGUGGACCCUACUUGUCGUUGGCACUCACUGGAUGCUCAUGACAGCAUGGCUGGUGUGGCAGAAGACAGACUUCUGUCCGUCGCGCUGGGAAGAGCUCGUGUACAACGCUGUUGUGGGCGCCAUCUACACAUUCUGCUUCUUCAACGUGCGUGACGGCCGUUCACGGAGCCGUGUCAUUUUUUUCUAUGCGCUCAUAGGCCUGCAGAAUGUUGCAUUUCUCAUUGUCUACUGUGUCACGAGGGGCGAAGGCGAUGACCUGCAUGUCAUCACUUCGGCAGCUGUAGUGCUGGGAAGCUUUGGAAUAGGCAUGUACUGCAUGGCACUGUACUACCGCUUCUUCCAUCCCAGUGGGCCCAUCUAUCUUUGCAGUGACAAAACUGCUCAUGAACAGAAUGUGGAAAUGCAGGAACGCAGCGUCACCUCUGGGAAUGUGUCUACGCCACCGACAAAACCAGCACCAUCGUCAGCCGCAGUCAGCACAUCACACUCGUUUCGAACCCUCAAAUAUGCAAGCUACGCACAUCAUAUGGCAUCUACACCCCGCCAGGAAGAUCUGGACAGGGCAUCCUCUUUGAGUGGCGACAGCACCAUUUCGCCUUGCAGCGAGGACACGCCGAAAAGCGCAGGGAUCUUUGCUGAAACGACAGCUCAAGAGAUGCAGAUAGGCAGAAUGGAGGAUAGAAACAUGUACUGCGUCAAGACUAGUCUGUCGGGUGAUGUGGCAAGCCCACCCCAAUCUCGUCGAGUGCAGUUUGACCUGAAGGACUGUUCGCUCAAUGAGAGCCAUCGGUGUCAUUCGGAGGACUGCAGCUUUGCUGACGUGGGAUCGGACGCGGACAAGGUUGUAGUCCUCGGCUCCAUGAAAGAUCGUCUUGCCAGCCACCACCACGUCGUCAACUACAACUUUCGCCCUUUCGUAGGUGAAGGCGCUCGCGGGCAUCUGUUCAAGAGACACUGUUCUUGUCUGGUGCUGUUCGAAUGCCCUCCGGACCUCGGCUUUGAGUCGUUCCUUUCGUCAACAUACAGCAAAGGCUCGUCGAAGAAAGCGCUACUCAACGUGAUGUCGACCCCAAACGUGAGACUGCAGCAAGUGAACUGACGAGAGUGGCGGCAAUUCAGCAGAAUCUUGGUCGAUGCAGAACUUUCUUGCGGCAGAUCGGUGUGUCGGAGGUCACUUGGAGAGUGUGGGCAGUGAUCUUGCCAGCGGGUCAACAGUGUUUCUCGUCUGAACUGCUCAGUCUUGAAUGAAAGCUCUAGUAGCAGUAUUGUGUGACGCAGGUUUUGCAUCAAGACUUAUACGGUCAUUGCUUGGUGCUGCCAUUCAUCCAAGCAACAUCACCACCUACAUUUGGGCACUUCUCGUGCACUGCAGAAGGGUAUCAAGGGACCAACACUCAAAUGCCAGAAACACUUCUGCACAAGGUGGGACCGCAAGCAUCAGCACAUGGUGCAAGUAUCUUCUACAGCCAUAUCGAGAUUUCAGUUACGCGAUUAUUCGCUGGCUGAGUGCUUGUGUAGAUGUAGGCGUAUGUGUAACAUCUCAUCCCAAAAUAAGAGCGACAAACUUUAAACAUGCAUUCUAACAGCAUGCUUUUCUCAGUACUCAUUUUUUGUAAGUGCAGCAUUGAUGAUAAAUAUGUUAAGCUUCAUCCGUAGGCACUAGACAUGCAAGCUGUAAAAAGUGGCACCAAGUUCACGCAGAAAGUCAUGUUGACAUAUUUAUAUCUCAUUGGUACAGAGGUUAACGCAUGUCAAUAACAGUGGAACGGCCCAUUCCAGCACUGAUACCGUGCCUUGAUUGAUUGA